AUGGGAGUCGCAAGCUUUUCCAGAGUUGCUGCGGAAUGCAUCAAUGCUUUCAACCUCGAAAGUAGACUGGCUGCCUGCACGCAGCAAGAGGGGCCGUCCAAGGAACAAGACGCAAAGAAGAUUGGCCGCAACCCAGACACGGAUUCUGGAAAAGAACAGUCUGGUCUCCGGAGUUCCCUGCAGGUGAAGGCCAAAGUCCGUGCAGAGAUCUUCGCCGCCCUGGAUGACGAGCAGGUGCAACGUCCACAGCUGCCGCGUGAGAAUGCCUUGAUCAACGAGCUCAUCAAAGAGUACUUCGAGUACAACGGUUACUACCACGCGCUGUCUGUGCUGCUGGCCGAGAGCGGCCACCCUGAGGAGCCGCAGUUUGAUCGGCGAUUCCUGGCCACAGAGCUUCGCCUUCGCGAGGACGAUCGCAGCAGGUCCCACCCGCUGAUUUAUGCGCUCGUCCGCGGUGGUGCAGAUGCUGGCUCGGGGCCGGCACACGAGGAGCAUACAGGCCCGGUGCCCCAGCAGGUGGACAGCCCCAAGACAGCAGGCUCCAUCGGGACUUUUCAAGGCAAGGACAGCUGCACAUCUGGCCAGCUUGCUAGCCUCGACCCAGAGACGACAGCAGGCCAGCGCCGGAGCCGUGGCCAGAGUGGCCUGAAUGGCCUGACACAGGUCCUGUCCGCUGUACGUCCCGAGGUGGGCCGCAUCCUCGAAUCUGCACUCGGCAACCAUGAGAUUAGCGCAACGGAUGCCGAGGUCCUGUUCAGGACCACCGGCGCCGAACUCCCGGCUUUGGCGCGCGUGGCAGACGAGCUCCGUGCCCAAACAGUGGGUGGCGAAGUCACGUAUGUCCGGAACCGAAACAUCAACUUCACGAAUGUGUGCGUGAAGCGGUGCGGGUUCUGCGCCUUCAGCCGCACUGGCAUUGACCAUGAAGGCUACUUCCUGCCAGUAGACGAGAUCUUGCGCCGAGCAGGCGAGGCGCAUGCACUGGGAGCGACCGAAGUCUGCAUCCAGGCUGGCCUUCCACCGGACAUGGAUGGGUCUUUGUACCCGACCAUUGCGCGGGCCCUCAAGUCGGAGUAUCCCUCGCUGCACAUCCACGCCUUCUCCCCCGAGGAGGUCUUGUGGGGGGCAAAGCGGUCCAGGUGCUCCGUGGAGGAGUAUCUACUGCGGCUGCAAGAAGCUGGCGUCGGCAGCCUGCCAGGUACCAGCGCCGAGAUACUGGAUGACGCCCUCCGUCAGCAGGUCGCCAAAGGGCGGCUGUCCGUGUCGCAGUGGGUCGAGGUGAUCUCCACUGCCCACCGGCUUGGCUUACCGACCACGGCCACGAUGAUGUUCGGCUUCUGCGAGACACCGAAGCAGCUGGCUAGUCACUUUGUCCUUCUCCGGGACAUUCAGAAGCGUGCGCAGGCUGCUGGGCAGCGCGGCUUCACGGAGUUCGUACCCCUGGGCUUUGUGGCCUCCGAGGCACCCAUCUGGAAAGCCUCCGAGUCCAUCAGAGUGCGGCCCGGGCCCACUGGCGCUGAGGUGCUGCGUGCGCACGCUGUUGCCCGGCUGAUGCUGAAUCCUGCGCUCCCGGGGGGUGUGCGAAACUUGCAGGUCAGCUGGGUGAAGGAGGGAUUCCGCAUGGCGCAGCUGAUGCUCAAUGCGGGAGCAAACGACCUCGGUGGCACCCUUAUGAACGAAAGCAUCUCCACGGCAGCUGGCGCCCAAUACGGGCAGCUGGCCAAGCCUUCGGAGCUUCGUCGUCUUGUCUGGGAGCUUGGGGGGCGCUCCGUGGCUGAGCGGCGCACAACCUACGACAUCGUGCAACGCUUCGAGAGCCCGGCAUCUGACUCUUGGGAGUGCUUGGCAGAGGCCGAGACCCGUGCGGAGAGCCGCGAGGCCCCAGCGAAGUCCUUGGAGGAGGUUGCAGACUCUGCGGACACCUUCGGCUCCUUCCACCGGCUAAUCGCUUCCCCCAACUUCCGGUUCCGGGAGCAGCGCAAGCCCACCAGCACAGCGUUGGGAGAGGCGAUUGCACCCAGCAUGCCUGGCUCGGGUGCUCGGCGCUUCUUCGCGUCGCCUGCGAUGCGUGUCGUCACCUAUUCUCCCUCCUACACCAUGGUGCCAAGCUACGAGUGCUUCAAUGCUUGCACCUACUGCAACUUCCGCAGCCCUGUCACGAAGGAGGGCCAAGAUUGGAUGUCCGAUGCGGCCGCUCGGAAGAAGCUCACGGCCCCAGGCCUCGCGACGGUGGAGGAGAUCCUGGUGAUGGCCGGCGAGGUCCAUCCUGCCGCGCCCAACCGUGCCGCAUGGGUCCAACGGGCAGAAAGCAUCUGCUUAUUGGCUCUGGAGUAUGGCUUUCUUCCCCACACGAACAUCGGGCCCCUCAGCCGCGAGGAGAUGCAGCGCCUGGCAGCCGUCAACGCCUCUAUGGGCCUGAUGCUGGAGCAGGCAGCUCCCUUGCCAGUGCAUCGCUUUGCACCGAGUAAGCAGCCAUCCAUUCGCCUGGAUCAGCUGCGUCAGGCCUCCUGGUGGGCAUCGGCGAGGAUGCCGACCAAAGGCUGGUGUCGCUGGAAGUCCUCGCAGGCCUCGCUGAGGAGUUCGAGCACAUCCAGGAGGUAA